UUAUCUUGCUCUUGUAGCCACAGUUUAUGGUGAAAUCAAUGUGCAUCAUUUAAAGGACAUUAAAGACUCUGUCAGGUAGCGAACAUCAACUUAACAGCCAAUUAUUAGAAGGCAUGUUGUAGGCAACAAAUCACAUAUUAUGUUGACCUGUUAAUAAUCAGAUUUGGCAUGUUAAAGUUAGAUGCUGUAAUGAUUAAGGCCAGGGCCAUGAAAAAUGGGAGGGGAAGACACAUAAAAGGGUGGAAGAAAAUAAAAUAAGAGUGAUCUCAACAGGAAGCUCUUAUUUCCUAUAAGACUGAGUCAUUUUGCAAAUCUCUCCAUCAUUUAAUGACAGCACAGGCCUUUACCAAACCUCCACAUCACUUCGUUUCUCAAGGGACACGGCAGCUGCGGUCUUCCCCACAAGCCACGUUCCACAAAGACACAGGAAGGAAGAAAAUGACAUGGAUCUUGACUUUGACAAAACCACAAGUUGUAGACUAAGUUUCUUCAUGACGUCCAGCAAAACAGCAAACUAACGCCCAGUUCUCCUACUUCCACAGCACGCUUAUGGGCUCCAGCAUAAGAUAUAUGGGAAAGUGGAUAAAGAGGCAUCUUCAACCCCUCAAGACUCUCCUUGUUUUAUUCCCGACCAUCAUCUUCAUCUACUGUUGGUUGUUAAUGGUUGAUGAACAACAUCUUGAUGGCAGCAAUGAGUCACUCACAAACAAUAUCACCAUCCUGUUGUGGCACUGGCCGUACGGCACCCGGUACAGCCUUACGGGGAAUGUGUGUCUGAGGGACUACGGCAUCUCUGGAUGUGUGCUAGUAGACAAUCGCACUCUCUACGAGAGUGCCAAUCUGGUAGUCUUUCAUAACUUUGAGCUGAAGCUGCAUAGAGAACACCUUCCAGUGCAUCUCUAUCGUCCCCCCAAACAGAAGUGGGUGUGGCUUUCGUUAGAAGCAUUACAAAACAAUGGCAACUUGUCACCAUACAACAACCUUUUCAACCUCACCAUGUCAUAUCACCCUCAUGCUGACAUCACGGUGCCUUACGGGAAGCUGUUAGAGAGGAAAAAACCAGGUCUAGAUUUUGCUAUCCCAAAAAACAAGAGUUAUGAAGCCUGUUGGGUGGUAAGUAACUACCAGAAAUCGCACAAGAGGAGCGCUGUGUUCCAGGAGCUGAACAAGACCCUCAGUGUGCAACUGUAUGGCCAUUUCGCCAAAAAACCACUACCGAAGGAGGCUCUGCUCCCAACGAUUUCCCGCUGUUAUUUCUACCUAGCCUUUGAAAACACAGUAUCUCCGCACUAUAUCACAGAGAAGCUGUGGAGAAACGCCUUCCAGGCCGGGACCGUGCCUGUGGUGCUGGGGCCGCCUCGCAGAGACUACGAAGCCGUGGCGCCUUCGAAAUCCUUCAUCCAUGUGGAUGAUUAUGAAUCUAUUAAAGCCCUGGCUGAAUAUCUGAGAGCCCUAAUUAAAGAUCCAAAGAAGUAUAAUGAAUAUUUUAGGUGGAGACAAAACUAUAUGGUUCAUCUAUAUACAGACUGGAGAGAGAGAUUGUGCAAUAUCUGCCCCAUAUACAGACGAUUACCAACUCAAAAGGUUUAUGCGGAUCUGAGAGCUUGGGCAAAAUGGUAACGUAACAGGACACAGAACAUGUUUUUGCGUUUAAAAAUGCAAAAGCCAGGGCAGAAGAAUGAAAAAAAAAAAAAGUAUGGUCUACAGCUGUAAAUUUAACUAUGUUUAACUUGAGGUCUGCGCUUUUAGAACACCAUGUUGUUCGCAAAACUCUGCAAAAGAUGCAAGACGUGAGCACAACGGUCCAAGAUGUCCGUCUAGUGAAUGUUUACAUAGAAAGACAAUUGAAAAGUAGUGAAGUGGAAAGUAAAAAGCGCACAAAAUGCUUGAGUGGAAUAAAAAAAAUAAAUAAAUAAAAAAAAAACAAAGGUCUAGACUUAAAGCCCACUCACACCAAGAACGAUAACUAUAUAGAUAACUAAUGAUAACUAUAUUCGCGUCCACAUCAACAAAUGAUAAAGAUAACUAUAACAAUAACUAGGCUAUAUUUGCUUUCACACCAAGAACAAUAGCCUAACUAUAAAGAUAACUAUAACGAUAACUAUAUUUGCCUCCACACCAACGAACGAUAACGGUGUGUUUAUUCUAAGCUGCGGGUUCAAAGUGUUUACAACAUGUUUUUGCUGUUCUUGUUGCAUUUACACGGCUUUAACCAGCAGAUGUCCUUAGCACGCUAUGUUUUGAGUGAAUAGCCAGCGCAAUCGAUUUGGCUGACGAAACAACGCCUAGUCUUUUUCACUGCAACUUCAAAGGAAGCAAGACAAUGUUGUCGAAACUAGCGCUGGAUACCUGAGGUAAUUUUAUGUCACACUGUUUGCUAGCGCUGGAUACCUGAGGUAAUUUUAUGUCACACUGUUUGCUAGCCUGGCAUUAUGAUAUAAUUUUUUGAUAAGACUAACAAUGGUGGCUUUUUCUGGACCUAGGCGAUUAACUUCUCAACCAUUUUAAAUGCGCGAGCCCUUGAAUUAGAAUGGAUUCUGAUUGGCUGUCAGUGUUUUAUCGUUCAACAGCUGGAAAAAAAUCGUUCUGAAAGUGAUCCCAACGAUAUCGUUUCUCUAUAUCGUUAUCGUUAUAGCUGUGGUGUGGACAGUGCUAUUCUUUUAAGUUUAGAAUGAUUUUUAAAACUAUAGCUUUAUCGUUAUCUUUAUAGUUGUCAUUCUUGGUGUGAAUGGGCCUUUAGAGACAUGUUUUGAAAAGUUGAACUUCUUUUAACUUGAGGGCUUUUAUAACACUGUCGAUGGCGUGACACUGUAAAAGAUCUAAGACGUGAACGCUCAAAGACAUCUGUCUAGCACGUUUACCAAGUGGAAAGCAAAAAGCGUGAAAAAUGCACAAUGCAGAUUAGUGGAAAUGAAAAAAUAUGCAAGGUCUAGAGAGAACUACUUGAGAGCAGUGUUUUUAGAAAGCUGUGUCAUGCGCGAAAAGUUGAAAAAGAUGUGAGCGCAUGCAUUGGUUGUCUAGAUCGUUUACAUAGAAAAACAAUGUAAAAACUGCACAGUGGAAUGCACAAGACAUAAAAUAGUGAAAUGGAAAAAUACGGAAGGUCAAAAGACCAUUUUUAGAAUGCAGCGUAGUGGAACGCAAAAACGCGUUCUGGGUGAACGGCCCCUGUGGGUCUAUUCACACACAACAUAUUUUUUACGUUUAAAAAUGGGAAACAGCAGUGGAAUGGCAAGGUCAUUUUUUUUAGAAGCUGAAGUUUUUAGAGCACUGUGUUAUGCAUAAGACGCUGCAUGAGGCAAUAGUUUAUUUGAAUUCACACUGGCAGCAGCACCUUUUAUGCAUAAAGCACAGAGUGUUGGCGUGCACCUGCGAGUGCAUAAAACAGAAGUUUAAUUGUGGUGUGCAUUGCUGAGGCCAUGAUGCCAAGCUGAAACCACAAGCCUCCUUCCUCUCCUGUCAACAUGCUUAUAUAUCCUCUGUACAAGGAUUCUUGAAGAAUGGAACAAAUGUUUGCAAGCAAACUAGCAAGUAACCUCGCUUUAAAAAGUAGUGGGUCUGCAGAACCUGAUUUCACCAAGUACAUGUUCCUGGAUCAGCAUCUUUAUUGAUCCUGGAACAACUUUCCAUUCAACCAAUCAGAUUUGAGAGAUAAGAUUACAGUUUAUGUCAAGUUAGGCUUACAACCAGCACUCUAAAAAAUGCUGGGUUAAAAACAAACCAAGUUGGGUUGAAAAUGGACAAACCCAGCGGUUGGGUUAAAUGUUGCCCAAUAUGUUGGGCAGUUUUAUUUAACCCAACUAUGGUUGAAAAUGUAAUGUAUGGCUGGCUUAAAAUGAACCCAAAAUAGGUUGGAAAUUAAAAAUCAGACACAUAAUUACUAGAGGCAACAAUAAUAAUCAAACGGUGAACAUUUAUUAAUAAGCAAUUUAAUAAAGGUUUAAUUAUUAUUAUUAAUUAAUAAAUGUUCAUUUCUAACAUACAUUUGGUUCAUUUUAAGCAAGAAAUACAGUCAUUUUUAAACAAUAGUUGAGUUAAAUAAAACUACCCAGCAGGUUGGGCAAACAUUUAACCUAAUCGUUGGGUUAAAACAACCCAAUUGCUGGGUUUGGCCAUUUUCAACCCAACUUGGUUUGUUUUUAACCCAGCAUUUUUUUAGUGAGGGUUUGGGGUUCACCAAGGUUUGUUAUUCACCUAUCAUUUCCCUCUGAUUUUAGGGAUAAGUUAUGGGAAGGGUUAGGUUUAGGGGUAGGGAUAUGGUAAGGACUAAAUUUUCAAACAGAAAUGUUAAUCAAACAAAAUUUGUUAAUCCAGGAACGCAUCGAACUCCGCAAAAUCAGGUCAUGCAGGUCUUUUUUUUUGUUGUUGUAAGUCUUAGAAAAAAAAAAAAAAAAAAAAAAUCAAUAUCUUUUGUUGCCAAAAGCUGUGCUCAAUCAAACUACCUUGUUUGAGAAAAAAAUAAAUAAAUACUAGAUUGUAAAAAAAAAAAUAUAUAUAUAUAACUUCAUUCUCAAACUACUAAGAAAAUAUUAGAUAUAGAUCCUCUUGUAACGAGAAUAAACAUGGAUUUGACCA